AUGGGCCCGUUGGGGCUGUCCACAGCGCUGGCGGGGAUAGUCCCACGGCGGGUAGUGGGGAUGCGAGCGUACAGCGGACCGGUAGCCGUGUCCCACGUGCUGCGCCUCCCCGAGAGGCAGCAGAAAGGGUUGGUGUUUCCAUUGCAGGAGUUGGAACGCUGCUUGGUCCACGGAGCGAGCGCUAAGCUGCACGUGAGGACGUUUGACCCGAGCCUGGAGGACAUCGCGAGAGCCGAGCUUGCCUUCUGCCCUUCCCCCAAACAUCGGAUUGACUAUGUCAGUAGCGCCGUGCGCCUCGACCACGCCCCCUCCUCCUCCAGCCCAGAGAUCUGCUUUAUAGGAAGAAGCAACGUUGGAAAAUCAUCCCUAAUAAAAGCUUUGUUUUCUCUGGCCCCUGAAGUUGAAGUCAGAGUUUCAAAAAAGCCGGGACACACAAAGAAAAUGAACUUUUUCAAAGUUGGAAAAUAUUUUACUUUGGUGGACAUGCCAGGUUAUGGUUUCAAAGCACCUAAAGAUUUUGUUGACAUGGUAGAGGCUUAUCUGAAAGAACGGCCAAAUUUGACUAGAACAUUUUUGUUGGUGGAUAGUGUUGUCGGAAUUCAGAAAGCAGACAGUAUUGCUAUAGAAAUGUGUGAAGAAUUUGCAGUACCUUAUGUGAUGGUAUUAACAAAAAUUGACAAAGCUUCCAAAGGUCAUCUUGCAAAGCAAGUUCUGCAGAUCCAAGAGUUUGUUGACACUCAAACCCAGGGAUGCUUUCCUCAGCUGUUUCCUGUCAGUUCUGUGACGUACUCUGGAAUCCAUCUGUUGAGGUGUUUUAUGGCCUAUGUAACAGGAAACUGUCACAUCCAGGGCAGACAGCUCAGCUAAAAAUAUAAAGGCUGGCUAUGUCGGCCAGGACAUCAGCAUUGUUUUAAAUGUUGUCUAUCUCUAACUUGGAAGGAGGACCCUUUGCAUCUUCCCAAAGUAAUCUCUGCUUCAGUUUCAAAACCUAAGAAGUAAUUAUAAUGGAUCUAAUUUUCCUAUUCAAUUCAGAAUGAAUAUUUUGAAUAUUUUUUUUAACAAGUUGAAACUUUAACUUGUUUUCUCGUGGAUCAACAUUCCUUGUCAUUAGAAUUUAAAGCACUGGUUUAAGCUGACAAGAAAGACUUUCAGAUAAUAGGACCUCCCUCCAGGUAUUGGGAUUCCUCCUUCCCUUCUCACCAUCACUCAUCACUCCCCUUCCAACUCCCCUUUUUACUUCCCCAGAAUUUACACCCUUGUGAACAACUUCACAUCUCCAUGGUUGAUGUGGUCAAGACUUCCCCAAUACCAAACAUAGAAGAACAGGCAACAAACCUGCAACCCAUGGGUGUGGGUAGAGGCUGGAGAAUGUGGAAAUCUCAAAGUGUGUGGAGUACAUCCUUUGAGAACCCAAUGGAUUUGUCCUAUUUGCUUAAAAUAAAUUUUCAUUGUAUACUAUACUUAGAAAUACUAUAUAUGUUCCCCUUAAGGAGAGUACCUAUGGUUUCCCCAGAUAUGGGAAUCUGGCAUGUCAAAGCCCACCAGAGAUUCACACAAGCAGACCUUGAAGUCAUAAAAAAGAGUACCCCAAAAUUUAAGGAAGAGCCCAUGGGGGUCAUGAAAUAGUUUAGGCAAAUAGUCAGAAUCUUUGACUCCUCGUACUUGGAUUUUGAUAUUCUUAUGAACGAAGUUUUGACUAAACUGGAGAAACACCAGAUAAUUGAGGAGACUAAUAAGAACCCAAGACUUCCUAGCUGGCUGGAAUGAGACCCAGAUUGGGAACCCAACUCCAUUGCAUCUUACAGAGAACUUUGCACAGCCAGGGAGGCCAUUAUAGAGACCAUGAGCCUGAAUUCUAAGUGCCAGGGGACUUGGUCUAAGUUUUGAACAAUUGAGGCAGGAGGUGGGAGAGACCCCGUUGAGUUUUCUGUACCGUGUCAUAGAAUCUGCAGAAAAAUAG